AUGCUCCGCACCGCCUUUUCGGUCGUUUCUGAGAACGCACACUUCCCACCGGCCCGUCCGAGCGCCCUCACCUUUCCUCGUCUUGCGCUUCCCACUACCGCAUCUCUCGAACGCAAGAAUCCAUGGGAUCCGUACAGGAUUCGUUCCUGCAGACGAUUCCACCACAAACCUCUGCCUUGUCCUUCUGGCGCGCUCUCUAUCGGACCUCCGUCCUCGUUCACAACCAGAGAGGAUGUCUGUUUCAGUCCUUACUCCGUCGGAAAAGUACAUCGCAACGAUCCUCUGCACCUGACGCUGCCAUUGGCACCGAUCACUGACACCGAUCAAUCACAAUCUCCACAGCAGGGCGCCACGCAUCAUCACAGGAAAAGGCUCAGACGGCCUUGGUUUUCGGUCCUUGCAGCAGCUCGUGCAUUGCGCACAUCGCGUCGCAGCCUGCGUCACCGAUCCGCCGGAUGGAACGGCAAGCGAGAAGGAUCUGCACAGAUGACCCAGCGGAGGCGUACAGGUUCGCGCUCUCUUGAGUGGCGGCACACGUGGCACAGCAGCUCCGCUACUGGCUUCGCUGCCAUGCCACCAGGCGAGUAG